AUGGCAGAAGACAUCACCGCUAGGUGGAAAUCUCUGAAGUUAACUGAGGAAGAACAACAAGAAAUAGUUCUUUCGGAAGAAGCAGUUCUGUCAUCCAACGCAAAAGGUGAGCUUUGUCUCUUAGCAAAGAUUUUCAACGAUCGAACAGCAAACAGGGAAGCCUUCAGAACGACUAUGUCCAAGAUAUGGAACACAGAGGGGUGGCUCACGUUUAAAGACUUGGAAACAAACGUAUACCUGAUAGAAUUCCAGCUCGUUUCAGAUAAGGAAAAAGUUUUACUGGGCCGUCCAUGGUCUUUCGAUCGUCACUUGGUUUGCAUGAAAGAAUUUGAAGGGCUUCUGUCCCUAUCAGAAGUCCGCUUUGAUUCGGAACCCUUCUGGAUCCAAGUUCAUAACCUCCCAUUCGCAGGGAUGAGUAAAGAAAUGGGAAUAUUGGUGGGCUCCGUCAUUGGGAGAGUCCUCGAGGUGGAAACGAACACAGAAGGAUACGGUUGGGGGGGCUACUUGAGAAUUAAGGCUGAAGUCAAUGUAACCAAGGCUCUGGUUAGGGGUCGUUUUCUCAAGUCUGGUAGUAAACAGUCCUGGCUCUCAUUCAAAUAUGAACGCCUCCCGAUGUUUUGCUUUAAGUGUGGUCGUUUCGUGCAUGAGCAAGGCAGCUGCCAAGAAAGAGGAGCAGAUAACCACACCUUUGAUCAGUAUGGCCAGUGGCUCCGUGCAACCCACCUUCACUCGAAGUUUCAGCACAACAGAAGGUAUGGUGGACUCAAGGAGAAGGAACCAAGUGGUUCAACUUGGAGUGGGAGCCAAGAGGAAGGAGAUGACUACAGUGGCUUCUGUGGUGUGUCCACGUCAAAGCCAGGGAGUGAGCCACCUAACCUGGUAGAAUCAACAGAAGCAUUGGAAGUCAACCUUGGCCAUACCGAAGGAAACUUACCCAAGGAGGACCAAGGGACCUCAGUCACGGACAACCCUGCACAUGAUAAAGGACACAAGACUUUCCCUACGCACGAAAGGCCAGCAUCGUGGCAGGAAAGGCUCUCACAGGACCCUACUACGCUUCACCCUCAGGUUUUGUUCCCACACUCUUUGGCCUCUAGUUAUGACGUUGUAAUGCUGGCUACAGAGGCCCCUGGCCCUACUUCCAUACGUAAGGAAAAUGGUGGAGUCCCUUUCACUGAGACCUGCUUUGAAAAUUUAGAGAACUCCUCUAACAGUCCAGUAAAAGGAAAAACUUGGAAAAGGAAGGCAAGGGCUUUGCCAACCCCACUCUCAGAUGUCACAAACAUAAUACAGCAGCCUUCCUCCUAUAACAAUUCUAAGAGAUCCCUGAGACAAAGAUUUAGUACUAGAGCCGAUGGAAAGUGUAAAAAACAAAAAACUCAAGCCCCUUUUGAGUCAGUUCAGGAGCUUCACCUCUUGGUGAAAGCAAAGCAGCCCCAUUUAGUCUUUCUCACAGAGACUAAGUGCAACAAUGUCAGGUUGGACAGAAUCAAGCUUGCGUUGGGAUAUGAAAAUUGUUUCUCUGUUAAUAGUAAGGGGAAAAGUGGAGAAUUAGCACUCUUAUGGAAAGACUCAGUCAAGGUGGAGGUGAUUAAUUAUACCACUUGGCACAUUUCUGCUCUCAUAACAUCCCCCAUUGACAACACACAGUGGCAACUCACAGGAUUUUAUGGCCACCCAAACUCAGCUAAAAGGCCGGAGAGCUGGCACCUUUUGAGAGGCCUUAAACCAACUGGAAACUUGCCUUGGCUAUGCCUAGGGGAUUUUAACGAAAUCACACACCAAAGUGAAAAGGUGGGUGCUGCAAACAGACCAUACAGACAGAUGGUCCAGUUUAGGAACUCUUUGUCUUUUUGCAAAUUGUAUGACCUUGGCUUCCAUGGAGACAAGUUCACAUGGUCGAACAAUAGGGAGGGUGAUCAAUUCACAAAGGAGCGGCUGGAUAGGGCCUGUGGAAACAACUUCUGGAUCAAAUUGUUUGCAAACCAUACAGUGUCACACCUAGACUGUACCCAAUCAGACCACAAGGCACUCCUAGUGCAAACAGCAGACUUAAACAGCAUGGGAAAAAAGGGGAGGGUGUUCAGAUUUGAAUCAGCCUGGACUAAGGAGAUGGAGUGUGAGGAGAUAAUUAAAAAGGUAUGGAGACUCUCCAGUGGCCCUAGCAUACUCCACAGAACUCUGCAAGAUCUCAACCAAUGCCAAGGAAAACUCAAGAUUUGGAGCAGAAACAAGCAAAGGGAUCAAAGGAAAGCAUUGAAAAACAAAACUGAACUACUCAAGAUUUUACAGGAGAGGAACCAGGGAGAGUUGUCUGAGGAGAUCAAGAAGGUUAAUCAAAGCAUCAACUGCAUUAUGGAUGCUGAGAACCUCAAGAGGCAGCAAAGAGCAAAACAAGCAUGGCUUAAAAAUGGCGACAGAAACACAAAAUUCUUCCACCAGUGCUCGAGCCAAAGGAAAAGGACUAAUUCCAUACUCAGGAUUCAAACUAAAUCUGGCCUCUCCACUCAGGACCCUCAAACCAUUUGCCAAACCUUGCUCGAGUUCUUCACAGACCUGUUCACAUCAUCUCAUCCUUCAGGCAUUGAUAACUGCCUAAGUCCCCUGCAAAAGAUCAUUACAGAUGACAUGUUUACCUUCCUCUCUGCAGUUUUUACAGAAAUUGAAGUUAAAGAGGCAGUUUUUAGCAUGAAUCCACUCGGAUCCCCUGGGCCUGAUGGUUUCCCUGCCUUGUUUUUUCAGAAAUACUGGGACACAGUGGGUAGCAAUGUCACUAAGGCAUCUCUUGAGGUCCUAAAUGGAGGCAAGUGGAACAACACUCUCAAUGAGACUCUGAUAGCUCUCAUUCCAAAGAAGCACAACCCCAGCCUGGUAACAGACUUCAGACCAAUUAGUUUAUGCAAUGUUCUUUACAAGAUCAUUGCAAAAACCUUGGCUAAUAGGCUUAAGAAAAUCCUCCCUGCCAUCAUAUCCCCUACUCAGGCAGCUUUUGUACCUGGAAGGCUCAUAACAGACAAUAUCAUUGUAGCUUUCGAGGCCUUACACACCAUGAAGGCUAGGUUAAAGGGAAGUGAGGGGUAUAUGGCUUUAAAACUUGACAUGAGCAAAGCCUAUGACAGAAUAGAGUGGGCUUUUCUGAGAUCUGUCAUGCUAAAGAUGGGGUUCCCAGUUAAGUGGAUCGAGUUGGUGAUGAAGUGUGUCUCAGCAGUAUCUUACUCUCUCAUUGUGAAUGGGGAGCCUCAACCUCUUUUCUGGCCUACCAGAGGCUUAAGGCAGGGCGACCCCAUCUCUCCCUACUUGUUUAUCUUAUGCUCGGAAGCUCUAAGCUGCCUGCUAAACCAUGCUGAAAAGACACACCUGAUCACUGGCCUACCUAUCAGGAAAAACCACCUGCAUAUUAACCAUUUGUUUUUUGCAGAUGACUCCCUACUGUUUUGCAAGGCUAACUCAAUUGAGUGGAGUCAAUUGCACUCUCUUUUGGCAUCCUAUGAGAGAGCCUCUGGUCAGAGGCUUAACAAAGACAAGACAUCCAUUUUCUUCAGCUCAAACACUAGAGAACAGACCAAGGAGAUUGUUACAAGUAUUGCUGGAAUUCGGGGAACCAGCUCCUAUGAGAAGUACCUGGGACUACCAGCACUAGUAGGAAGGGGCAGAUACCAGUCCUUCAAAGGAAUUCUGGACAGAGUUCAAACAAAGCUGAACAGCUGGAAGACCAAGCUACUUUCUCAGGCAGGCAAGGAAACCUUAAUUAAGGCUGUCAUUCAGGCUAUCCCAACCUACAGCAUGGGCAUUUUCAAGCUUCCAAGGCAGCUUCUCAUCGAGUUAAACAAGCAAGUUAGAGGGUUCUGGUGGGGCCAACAGGAAAAAGAACAUAAAAUCCACUGGGUCUCAUGGAAACAGAUGAUCAAGUCUAAAAGGUCAGGAGGCUUUGGUAUGAGGGAUUUUGAGUUCUUCAAUAGAGCCCUCCUUGCUAAGCAAGGGUGGAGGAUCAUCUCAUCUCCUAGCUCUCUUGCUGCCAGGGUUUUCAAGGAAAAGUAUUUCAAGUGCAGUACCUUCCUGGAUGUGAAGAAGGGAAGCAAUUCCUCAUUCCUUUGGCAGAGUUUCAUCUCUGCUAGAUCUCUCCUGAAGGAAGGGCUUGUGUGGCGUGUUGGGGAUGGACAAUCUAUAGAAUUAUGGAAUGACAAGUGGUUCCCUCAACCGACAUCUUAUAAGCCACAAAGCUCAAUCAGGUUCCUGCCCGCAGACACUAAGGUGGCCAUGCUUAUUGACAAGACCACUAACCAAUGGAACUACCAACUGGUUGAAGCUGUCUUAGAUAGUACAGAUGCUGAAUGUGUCAAAAGGAUUCCCCUAAGCCCCUACCCCACUCCAGAUAAGUUGCUGUGGAGAGGCACUAGUACUGGAGUCUUCACUGUCAAGUCAGCAUAUUUUUUGCUGUUGGAGCUGGAGAAGCAGAAGCAAGGCCAGUCCUCUGUGGCUGUGGAAGAGGACACGGUUUGGUCAUCCAUUUGGCAACUCGGUGUCCCAAUGGCAACCAAGAACUUCCUCUGGAGGGCCUGCCUGGAAGCCAUCCCCACCAGGGCCAGACUUCUACAUAAGAGUGUUGUUGAUGAGGAUUCCUGUCCCAUUUGCAGGAUCCACCCCGAGACAGCAUUACAUGCCCUUUGGGAAUGUCCCUCUGCCCAGGAUGUGUGGAGCCAGUGCAAUAGGAGGAUCCAAAAGGCUAGUUUCCCCUGCCACUUAUUCAAGUCUCUGCUAGAAGCGUGCCUUAAAACCUUUGAUGAGGAAGAGUUGGUGGAGUUUGGGCUCACGGCUUGGAAGAUUUGGAAAAGAAGGAAUGAAGUGGUCUUUAGCAAUACUCUCUCCCACCCAAGCUCAAUCAACCAAAGUGUCAAGCUUCUCAUAACAGACCUUGAUCAAGCACACCAACCUGCCAGACAGUGCUCCCCCCCAUCUAGUGUUCUCCUAGCGUGGGAGGCUCCACCACAGGAGAAGCUGAAAACUAACUGGGACGCAGGCUUAGAUAAAGCAAGUUGUAAGGUUGGUGUGGGGGCAGUUGUUAGGAACUGGGAGGGAAAGGUUCUAGCCACAAUGAGAAUGAACCAUUCUCUCUACCCUGACCCCUUUCUAGCUGAGGCUUAUGCUGCUCACCAAGCAGCUCUCUUCCUCAAGUCUAUGGGUUGGCGGGAUGUGAUCAUGGAGGGUGACUCCCUGCAAGUAGUCAACUAUCUAAAUUCCAAGGAAGCAGCAGACUCUUAUGCAGGUGUGCUGAUCAAAGCUACAAGAGUAACCUUGGACUCCUUUGCCGUGUGGACUGCGAACCAUGUAAAGAGGACUUGUAAUUCAGUGGCUCACGCUUUGUGUCAAGAUGCUUUGAGCAUCAGUGAUAGCAUUACUACAGUAGAUGUUAUCCCCUUUUGUAUUCGACACUUAUUGUUAUGA